AAAGGAGCGCUCCUCGCCCACAGUCUAUUUCCUGGCAAGACUGCCGCGAUCCUGGGAUAGAUCAGUCGGUAGAGCAUGACACUCUUAAUCUCAGGGUUGUGGUUUGAACCCCAUGUAGGACAAAAAGAUUCCUGCCUCCAUUUGGAGGGGGCUGGACUAGGUGACCGUCGGGGUCCCUUUCAGCUCUAUGGUUCUAGGAAGUAGAGCUGCCAUCCUAAGCAUGAUUAUAUCUAUCUAUUUCAUCCAAUUUAUAACCGGUGGAUUGGUCAGACAAACAAACCCGCCAAACCCCUCCAAGUGAUUUGCAAAAAAGAAUUAAUAAGAAACAGGAGCCACUGAACACAGUGGUGACUGCUGCCCCCAAAGCGCUGAGUGAGCUUGUUGGGAAGAGGCAUAGUUGGCGUAAGAUUACAACAGGCAAGUGCAGUUGCGUACAUGCUUGGGGGUCAGUUAAGCAAGCCGGGAGGAAUUUACCUGCUAGCUGAACAAGCUGAAAUUUACAGUUCAGUUGUGAUGGUAACAGUAUGGGAGCAAAAUGAUGUGCUAAAUGGGUGGUAGAAUUGAUGUCAGUUUUCAGGAGUAGGCUGGCUGAGGUUAUUGGGGGGUGUCUGUAACCAUCCUUGCGCUUGGUUGGACUGAGAAGGCUGGAAGGAUGGUGAUAAUUAAAUUACCCCUGUUGGUUUGAGUGUGUACUUUCAGACAAAGGCAGUGGCCUGUGAACACUCCAGAAUAGUUACAUACUGGAUUUCUUUUUGUCUAUGGGGAUUGUUGAAUUUGAGCCCAGUUCAUAUUUUACAAAGGUUCUAUUUAGGAAGUACUUAAAAUUACUUAUUUUGAGCAUUUGUACCCCACUGUUUAGCUGAAAAGGCUCCCAGAAUGGCUUACCUACAGUCAGGAUUCGAAACUACAUCUAACACACCCGUAAAUAUGUGUGUUCUAUAUGCAACAUAUCCAUGCAGAUUUGCAUCCAAUUGGAUCUUUAUCCUAGCAAUUUAUAUUUGGAUGCCAUAUUUUCUUUAUGGAUGUGCCUUCUUUGUAGGAACUACAUGCUGUAUGAAUAAUAACUAUGGAUAAUAGCUAUGAGAUACUAAUCUUUAAUUCUUGGCAGAGUAAACAAGACCUACAUGAUGCAGUCUGGGACAACAACAAAAAAAACCAUUGAAAUGUGGGACAUCAAAUUUUCAAUAAGUGGUUAAACCACUGAGCCUAGGGCUUGCUGAUCAGAAGGUCGGCGGUUCGAAUUCCUGUGAUGGGGUGAGCUCCCGUUGCUUGGUCCCAGCUCCUGCCAACCUAGCAGUUCGAAAGCACGUCAAAAUGCAAGUAGAUAAAUAGGAACCGCAACAGCGGGAAGGUAAACGGCAUUUCCAUGUGCUGCUCUGGUUCUCCAGAAGCAGCUUUGUCAUGCUGGCCACAUGACCUGGAAGCUAUAUGCCGGCUCCCUCGGCCAAUAAUGCGAGAUGAGCGCGCAACCCCAGAGUCGGUCACGACUGGACCUAAUGGUCAGGGGUCCCUUUACCCUUUAUCAUAUAAAAAUGAUAGUUGUGACCCAAACCAGUCUGUAAAAUUUAAUAAUCUGAUUUUAGUGGCAAGUAACAGGAAAACUUGUUGCAUGUGAUAUUGUUCACAUAAUUUGUCCUUAAGUGCAGGAUUGCUUAAAAGUUUAAGAUCCUUGAGUGGGAACUAUAGUACAUCUAUAUUCUUUUCUGAGCCUGGCAUACUGAUACUAAAUAUGUUCCUUUGCCUUCUCAGACCAAAGCAAGGAAGCUGUGUCUCAAUACCCAAAAUGCAGUAUUCCCAUCACUGUGAGCACCUACUGGAGAGACUGAACAAACAGCGAGAGGUGGGCUUCCUUUGUGACUGCACCAUCGUUAUUGGUGAAUGCCAGUUUAAAGCUCACCGAAAUGUUCUGGCUUCCUUUAGCGAGUACUUUGGGGCUUUUUACAGGGAUACUUCGGAGAGUAACAUAUUUUUGGAUCAGAAUCAAGUGAAGGCUGAUGGAUUUCAGAAACUUCUGGAGUUCAUAUAUACAGGAGAUUUAAACCUUGACAGCUGGAAUGUUAAAGAAAUACAUCAGGCUGCCGACUAUCUCAAAGUGGAGGAGGUGGUCACUAAAUGUAAAAUAAAGAUGGAAGACUUUGCUUUUAUUGCUAAUCCCUCUUCUACAGAAAUCUCUAGUAUCACUGGGAAUAUUGCAUUGAACCAGCAGACUUGCCUGCUAACCCUUCGUGACUAUAACAGCCAAGAGAGAUUGGAUUCCCCUUCAGUGGACACGGUGCAGUCCCCAGUCUUGAUAGCAACCACAGGGAAAAAAUCUCUUCAAACCAAAAAGCGAAAGAAGGCCUUCAGCUCUCCCAAAAACCUGCCAAACAAGCCAGCACAAUAUCCAAGUGAUGCUGCAGAGAACUCUGCAGUGGAGAUGUUUUUAGAUGCAAAUAAGCUCGCCACAGAGAUCACGGAGCAAGCUGCCCAAGGUGGGGAUAAUUCUGAGCUGCAGCUUACACCUGUGGUGGAGAGUGAAACCUUUGCUGCGCAGGAGAUCCUUGUCCAGACGAUGACUAUGAAGUCCAAACGGGGUAAAGCGCAGCAGGAUUGUGCUUUGAAGGAGCACUGCUUGUCCAACAUCGCCAGUGACAAGAACUCUUACCAGCUGGAAAGCUCAGGAGAGGAACUGGAUCCGAAAUACCCCAAGGCCAAGCCAGUGUGUAACACCUGUGGCAAGGUGUUUUCCGAAGCUAGUAGUCUGAGGCGGCACAUGAGGAUCCACAAAGGAGUCAAACCGUACGUGUGCCAGCUCUGUGGGAAGGCCUUUACGCAGUGCAACCAGCUGAAAACACAUGUAAGAACCCAUACAGACACUGCUAAAGCAAGCAGCUCAAUUCUCUACACAGGUGAAAAGCCAUACAAAUGUGAACUCUGUGACAAAGGCUUUGCUCAAAAAUGCCAGCUGGUUUUCCACAGCCGCAUGCAUCACGGGGAGGAGAAACCGUACAAGUGUGAUGCCUGCAACCUGCAGUUUGCAACCUCUAGCAAUCUGAAGAUUCAUGCCAGGAAGCACAGUGGAGAAAAACCAUAUGUCUGCGAUAGAUGUGGGCAGCGAUUUGCACAGGCAAGCACACUGACAUAUCAUGUGCGGCGGCAUACAGGAGAAAAGCCGUAUGUCUGUGACACCUGUGGGAAAGCCUUUGCAGUCUCAAGUUCACUCAUCACUCAUUCAAGAAAGCAUACAGGAGAGAAACCUUAUAUAUGUGGAAUUUGUAGCAAAAGCUUCAUUUCUUCAGGAGAGCUCAGCAAGCAUUUUCGGUCCCAUACAGGUGAAAGACCAUUUGUCUGUGAGCUGUGUGGAAACUCCUACACAGAUAUAAAAAACCUAAAGAAACACAAAGCAAAGGUUCAUGCAGGUUCGGAGAACCCUCUGGAUCCCAUCACACUUGACCAUUCCUUCAAUGAUCAAGACUCCAUUCCAAAUGAGAAAAGCCCUUUGCUGGAAUCUGCUGAUGUGAAGCCUUCAGAUAUAGCAUUACCUCUCCCCUUUGGAACAGAGGACCAUCAAGUUCUGUUGCCUGUCACAGAUAGUCAGUCACCCCAGUCAGACACACUUUUGAGGUCUACCAUCACUGGCUAUUCAGAACCUCAGUUUAUUUUCCUCCAGCAGUUGUAUUGACAUCCUGCACAUGAUGAAAACUCGCAGAAAACUUUGACCACGAGAGCUUCUUUGGUAAAGGGAACGUAAUCAUGCAAGUUGUUAUCGAGCUGGACUUCAUAUAGGUUUCAAAUAGGGACAUUUGAAAACGCACCUGUUUUUUUCUUCCUUAUAUUUUGGUAGCCAUUCUUUUUGUUAUGUAACAAAAUCAGGAUAGAAUUAUUGUAUUUAUGGAAGAUAGAUACUUCCUUUUUUCUUUAGUAACACAUGCCUUAAGAAUUAUCAGUCAGUUCACGCUGGAGGUCUCCUUCAUUGUUCAUGCAGAAGCUAAUUCUAUGUAGCCAAGAUGUUUACUCUGCGUUGUCCGCCCCGCCCCCCCCCACCAUUGGCUUUCUUCAAAGUGAAAAUUGACAGGUGUGCAUCAUUUCUCUAUUUUGCGUAGAUUUUGGUUCUGCUAGUGAUGAAGGGCCAGAAACUAUAUGUGAGCAUUAAAACUGUGUCCCAAUACCUGGAAAUCUUUAGUAAAUUCCCUGACUUUGGAUAUUUUUGUAGCUGUUGCCCCCUCAACACAGUUUUGAGUGUAUUUUAAUAGCUAUAAGGAUUUUAAACUUUUUAUUUACAACAAGAAAUGAAAGUUGAGAUUCUCAGGAAGCUAGAUUCUGUACCCAGCACCAUAUUUUGACCCUUUCUCACACUCCUCAGCAGAUCUGCAGCAAACGCACAACCUUCCGAGUAUGUAGCUGUUUUAUACAGGUAUUCAGAUUCCUGUAGUUAUGAUCAAUGUUGGGUUAGUUUUCUGUUGAAUGAUUUUUAGGAAACACUUAUGGAGUAGUUCUUGGCCUUCAAGUUCAGUAUUGUAGGACAUGGAAGUGCCCAUGUUGCCUCAUCAUUUUACAGUGCAAAUACCAUUUUUUUUCUUUUAUGUAACGGCAUCUUCUCAUUCAAGGUUUCAUAUUUCUCGCCUUCUGAAUUUCUGGGCUUAGAAAGAAGGGUCAGUUUUGUUGCAGUGUCAGUGGGAAAUCUUCCUUCAGAAGGCCCCCCCCUCCCCCCUCCCCAAUGAAAUAGCUUUUUCCAUGGGCCUGUUUGAGAUCAGGAAGCUCAAAGCAGCUUAAGGGGAGUGCAGGCAGCGGUAGAGUGUUGGCAAAAUGUUUCAUGGGAAGAAAACGAACAAAUACACACACUGCUAUGAUAAAUCAAGCCCCUGCCCAUGAUAAAUUCUAAAGUGCCCUGCAAAAAGGGACAGAAAAACAGAAGCCUCAUUUGCAAGUAAGAAACAUUUUGAGAAGCUGGAGGACAGGUUUUUGCACAGCACUACAGAAAACUUGUUGGGUCCAUAUUUUAGAGGAAGUAACCUGCUAGUGCCAUCAGAAUAUCCCGACUAGUCUAGGAUUCUGUUCCCAGUUUUGGCUAGUAAGAUGCUUUCCAAGAAGCUUGGAAUACCGUGUAUACCGUGCCAAGACGAUAUUGUAGAGUUGGAAAAGGUUCAGAAAAUGUGGAAGGGCUGAAUAGAGCGACUCUUCUGUGAAGAAAAGUUGCAGCGUUUGGUUUUUUUUUUUUUAGUUUAGUGCAAAGGCAAGUAAGAGAUGGCAUGAUAGAAGUUUAUAAUAUGGUGCAUGGCAUGGGGAAAGAGGAUGGAGAAAAGUUUUGCUUCUCGUAACACUAUAGAGUUUGUGGACAUCCAGUGGAGCUGAAUGUUGGAAGAUUCAGGACAGAUAAAAGAAAGUUAGUGCCUCACACAGCGCAUAGUUACACUAUGGAACUCACUCCCAUAGGAGGCAGUGAUGGCUACCAACUUAAAUGGCUUUCAAAGAGGAUUAGACAAAUUCAAGGAUAAGGCUAUUGAUGGCUACUUGCCAUGAUGGCUAUUCUCUGUAUCCAUGAACAGAGGCAGAAACAUUUCUGAAUACCAGUUGCUAGAAUACUGCAGGAACGGGAAGUACUCUUGUGCUUGGGUCCUGCUUGCGGGUUUCCCACAGGCAUUUGGUUGACCACUGAGAAAAGCAUCCAGCAGGCUCUUACGUUCUUAAGUUCCGCAGCAGGGCUUGACGAAGAUGGCUAUCCCUUGUUUGUUCCUAGCUUUUGAUAAUUGGAGGAUGGAGGUUCCAUUAUUGGCUGUUGUAUCUAAUAGAUAUUGAUGGUCCUGUUCUCACUCAGUUUCCCUUGAGGUGCUCUGAAUUAAGUAUGCAAAGUGGAAGUGUUGGAAUAAAUGGGUGAUUAUUUUUAGUGGUUCAUCAGCAUCGGCAUCCAUACAAGAUCACUUACCGGUAGAAGUUCAAGUUUUACACUGUGUAGAAUAAUGAAGUUGCCUAUUACAGAGCCAGUUUGGCACUGAAGUCUUGAAGCAUCCAGCUGGGAAAGAGAUAAAAUCGAAGAUCUGUUUGGGGCAGGAUUAGUGGUGCCCCCUGGAAUAGGGUCACAUGUAUGCUGCCCAAAUUAAAUGCAUUUCUGUAGAAAGGUCACCAAAUUCCAACAUUGGAAUACAAGAAGCUAUUUCACCCAUCUUCCCAGUGGUUCCUCUUGCUUUAUCAUCGCUGCAGCUUCCGUCUCUCUAACUGCAUGCCAGCUAUUGAACCUGGUUUAAUAUGCAAAACAUACUCUGCCAUCUGAUUGUCUUGUCCAUGUUUUCAAGAUAUUUGGUGACUUUUUGGCAUGAAUGAAACCGAGAUAAAUGGGUGAAUGGUUUGAAGCUGUCUACAAGCAUUUAUCUGCAGUCAUGGGGGUUUAUAUUUGGAGAGAAUGGCUGUAGCUUAGUGGUGGAGCCCCUGUUUUGCAUGCAAAAGGUCCCAGGUUCAACCCCCUAGCAUCUCCAGAGAGGGCUGGGAAAGAACUGUCCAAAAUCCUUUAGAGCCACUGCCAGUCAGUGUAGACAACACUGAGCUAGAUGGACCAAUGGUAUUAGCCAGCUUCCUUUGUUCCUAUUCGAGCUAGAAAUCCCAUUUCUCCUAUGAUGCUUCAGAAACCAUAUCCCAUGCCUGAUAAUGCAUGCUUGCCUAGUAAAUCCACAAGGUAUGCAGAAUACUCAAUAGCCUCUGACCCUUGCUUCCACAGCUUCGAGAGGUUGCAGCGCAUGUCAGAUAAGACCAUCUUGUAGCAGCCCAAGUGCUGUCCUCUUAGGCCACAAUGCAAAGACUUCAGCAUAGUAGCAGGUUGUGCACCUGUAUCUGCUUUUGGGGAUACAGUGGUACCUCUGGUUAAGAACUUAAUUCGUUCCAGAGAUCCGUUCUUAACCUGAAACUGUUCUUAACAUUAAGCACCACUUUAGUUAAUGGGGCCUCCUGCUGCUGCCACGCUGCCAGAGCACGAUUUCUGUUCUCAUCCUGAAGCAAAGUUCUUAACCUGAGGUACUAUUUCUGGGUUACUGGAGUUUGUAACCUGAAGCGUUUGUAACCUGAGGUACCACUGUACUUCUUAACCUCUGUUCUAAUUAAAGCACUUAGCAACUCUUUUGACAUGGUUAGGGAAAGAGAAAGUGGGCUGCAUGUAUGACAUUUGACACCAAUUUCCCCCAAACAGGUGAUGAUCAUCUUUGUAUACGGUAGUGCUGGAGUAUUAUGCAUGUGUCUCCAUGGGGGCUAGUUAUGGUUGUAUCUUCUUUUGCAUGCCAUUUUCUCCAGCCACUUUGCUUUCCUGAUGAGGGAAAUUAAAAACAAAACAAAAAACAAAAACCCUAAAUUUGGGUGGAAAAGACCUGAUAGUACUAAGUUGCUGUUAGCACAAACGGGCUGUGUCUGUCUUCUGCAAAAUAUUCUGGACCUAUUUCUUUACAAUAUGACUGCAACAACUAACCAUCUUCUUGAAAAAAGCAUACUGUAGUGUAUGCAUAUUUGAUAUGAAUGUUUUUGCAAUUUUUUGGGUGUCACUUUUAAAAAUGGUUUUGGACUUUUAAAAAACCUCUUCUUAGAUUUAUAGUAGACCUUACUUAGCUAUUUAAUAUUUAUAAAGAUGUUUUACUUUGUAGAACUCAUUUGUCUUUUGUACAUGAAUAUAUUUUUAAAGAAACCAUUGUUUGACUCCCCCUCUUGUAACACUACACAGGCUCUGGGAGAGCUAGAAUCUAUUGCAGCAAUAAUUGAAUAAACAGUGCUUUUUGUUUCUAAACUGAAGUGUUUACCUGUGAUAUCAAGAAAUCUUGGGCUGUUAAGCUAGGGUGACCACUUAAAAAUACUUACUCAAUAAAUUAUGGCCUACUGAUAAUACAGUAGUUAAAGAGUGUGAUCAGCUUGGUUCUAUAGAAGUUGCAUCUUAGUAAGCAAUAUAGGGAUAUGUUACACACAUCCUUUCUGUCGUUUAUUGCUCCUAAGUCUUGUUUGGGAGUUUGAAGCUUUGCAGUGAUAAGAUGCUCAACAUGGAGACAUGUUUAAGGAAAGGGAAUACUUAAACCUUUUUUUGGUUCUUGGAAUGUUACUAGUUCUGGCACCAUAACAAUUCCAAGACUGGACAUUCUGAGGAGCUGUUGUGAAUCCUCUCUGGUUUAAAUUAUUUCUGAAGUACUUUGUCAUGGGUGUUUGUGUGUAUAUAGCUCACCUCUUGCUUUUAUACUCCCUUCUGAGGGAUUAUGUACAUAAAUUUGCAACAUUUUAAUGUUUAGACCUGAAUAAAACUUUGUUUUGUAACCCUU